AUGACUUCCACUUCCGCCCACGCACUCAGUGCUGUUUUCAUUCUCACUUCGAUCGCUCUGUUUGCCAGUGUUCUUUGUGUGACUAGUCUUCUCGUGGAAAUCAACGAAAUCACUGUUGAAGUGAAUCAUGGAUUGAAAGCUUUCGAUGUGAGUUUUGUAUUUUGCGGAGAAAAUAGAACUCGAAUUUCAGCAUUAUGCGAGAGACGCAUGGUUAAUGAUGACUUCCGAAACUGGCGGAACCCCAUUCCCAAUCCUCCGAACUGCCAGAUCCGCUGCGAAGAAAUGCAACUGCGAUCAGGCGAACAGUUGCCCGCCGGGACCUCCUGGCUCUCCAGGAGCCGCCGGAACAAACGGAGAAGACGGAACUGCCGGGCUUAAAGGCAAGAAUGGGAACGAUGGAGUCUUUAUUAUAUACGUUGCUUCCGCGGACCCGUACGCACCCGCCCCGGCUUGUGUUCAGUGUCCACAAGGAACGCCUGGCCCUCCUGGCGCACCAGGAGCCCCAGGUCCAGUUGGCGCACACGGUCAGCUGGGAGAGAACGGCGCUGAUGGAAAGCCAGGAGCGCCUGGAAACGUCGGAAAGCAAGGAGAGCAAGGAGCUGCUGGAGAACCGGGAGCAGCCGGAGCACCAGGAGCCGCUGGAAAGAACGGACAGAAAGGUGCUGGACUUCCAGGAACGACUGGAGCCCCGGGAGAAGUUGGAGAACAUGGAAAGAACGGAGAGAAUGGCGCUGAUGGAGUGGCAGGACAGCCAGGAACCCAGGGAGAAGCAGGUGCUCCAGGGAAAGACGGAGAGACCGGACCGAUCGGACCGCCCGGACAGGACGGAGUGGCCGGAUCUCCAGGGACCGAUGCGGGAUACUGUUCGUGCCCGGCCAGAACUAACAGAGUAGAGCCUUCGCCACCGGCUCGACAGUACGAAGAAGGAGCCAUUUGA